AUGUCCACUCUGUGGCGUCUGAACCCAAAGUUCCUGAACAACACCAAAUACCAUACCAGAGAUAUACUCUUCUUCAAUCGAGUACCCAAGACGGGCAGCGAGACCCUCAUUGAGCUGAUGCUCCGCCUGGGCGAACGCAAUCACUUUCAGAACGCACGAUCGCCAUUCGCAAAGCCCACCGGAGUCUAUUGGUCGUUUGAGAAACAAAAAGAGGAGGCCCACCGCAUUCUGGAUCUGAUGGAGGAGGAUGCUUUCGCCUAUGCCGAGCAUGCCAACUAUGUGAACUUUCGACAGUUUCACCUGCCCCAACCCAUCUAUAUCAAUUUGGUUCGAGACCCUGUGGAGAGGGUUAUUAGCUGGUACUACUAUAAGCGUACGCCGUGGAAUUCGCUGCAAAUGUUCAAAAUUACCGGAAAAUUUGAAAAUCGUACCCAUUAUACGAAAAACUUUGAGGAUUGCGUGCUGAGCCACGACUUCGAAUGUCGCUAUGAUUACGGCCUGAACUUCAAAGACGAUCCAGCCGAUCAUAAGCGGCAGAGUUUGUUCUUCUGCGGACAUGCCCCCUUAUGCGAACCCUUCAAUACGCCCUCGGCCGUGGCCCGGGCCAAGCAGAAUGUUGAGCGUGACUUUUCGGUUAUUGGCUCCUGGGAGGAUGUGAAUGUUACCCUGGCCGUGCUCGAGCAUUUUAUACCACGUUUCUUUAGGGGCAGUACCGACCUGUAUUAUGAACCCGUCAAAGGCCUGGCCUUCAAGAAGCGCAACACAAACCACUGGAAACCAAAGAUCAGUGAACGGAUCAAGAGAAUAAUGCGGGCCAAUUUCACGCAAGAAUACGAGUUCUAUCACUUCUGCAAGCAGCGCUUGUAUCGGCAAUAUUUCUCAAUAAAUAGACACUUGGAUCUCCUAGAACUGGUUGAUCUUGUUCCUGUCCGACUGAAUAAUACACCCAAAGCCGAACGGGAGUUCGUAUUCUUUAAUCGAAUUGAAAAGACGGGAAGUCAGUCGAUGACCCGCCUAAUAAAUCAAUUGGGCCUGCUGAACGGCUAUGAGACAUUCCGCAAUGUGAUACAACCAAAAAGGGCAAUGACAGAGAACUUUGAGGAGCAAAGGGAAUUCGUGCAUCAGCUAACGGAACUGUCCGAACCGUCGGUCUAUGUGGAGCACGCAAACUGGGUGAACUUCACGGUACACGACAUGCCCCGGCCCAUCUACAUCAACCUGGUGCGCCAUCCCAUAGAGAAGGUGAUCAGUGCCUAUUACUACCUGCGCCACCCAAAGAUCGUGGGCCAGUCCGUGAGACGCAACCCCAAUAAAAUAGUCCAGGAUAAAACGUACUAUGAUAUGAAAUUCAACGACUGUGUGAAGCAGAGGAUAUCCCCCCACUGUGUGUUCGAUGCCCACAAUCGUUUCAACGGCGACUGGCGAAGAUUCGCCUUGAAGUUGUGCGGUAAUGCGCAGAUUUGCGAGCAGUUAAACUCCGAGGCUACAAUGCAAAUGGCCAAGAUGCAUGUGGAAAGGGAAUACUCUGUAGUGGGCACCUGGGAGCAGACGAAUAUCACACUGGCCGUACUCGAGGCCUACAUACCGCGUUUCUUUACGGGUGCCACGAAGGUCUAUUACUCCCAAACCAAAAAAUUUACGGUAAACACGACCCCACAUGACAACAGUCUGGAUGAGGAAGUGGAGCGCUAUCUCAAGGACAGCUUCAAAUUUGAGCUUGAGUUGUACCAGUUCAUCAUGCAGCGCCUGUACAUGCAAUAUAUAGCCAUUAAUAAGAACCAAUUCAUGGACAUUCCUAUCUAG